AUGCAUCGUGGCUCGAGAAGAAGCUUUGGGUGUGGUGCUUGUCGGCGGAUCAAGAUUAAGGUGAAUAGGAAGCCCAGAGUCUUCGAAAUCUGUGAUCGCUGUCUGCGAGCAGGCCGAGAAUGCGUGUAUCCGCCUCAAUUCCACUUUAUCGACACAAACACUCGAUUCGCGGUGCCAGACAUUCAAGAACAACCUGCUCUUCCGAGAACAGGCACAGAAGAUUUGAAGACCAGAUUGGCCCUGCUUCAGGGAGAAGGCGGCAACGAUGGAAUGAUCUAUAAGUUCCAGCUGCUCCGUUACCGAUCGACAACUCCUCCGUCUUCGCCAAGGAGUUCCAGCCCUCCCGUACUCAAGGCUCCCAGUUUGUCUCGAGGAGAGAAGCUUGCCUCAGCGUUGGCUGCUUCAUUCAAAAGCCCUCCAUAUGGUUACCAGCUGCAUCAUCUAGGCCGAUACAUAACCGAAAUCCCGCGUCGCCUUGGUCACAACGCCGCCCUGGAUAUUGCAGUAGAGUGUCUGCUGCAAUCUCACACACAAUUGCUUCAAGCAAUUCAAUCAUCUCAGCCUAGCUCCCAGCCCAGCCCUGAGUACAUGAGAGCCCUCCAAACCUUGCAGCAUGUAAUUGCAGAUCCUGUCUUGGGCACUUCUACAGAAACAGUUUGUGCCACUAUGUUGAUGGCCCACUACGAGAUGAUGGCCCCAGAAAGACGCUCUCACCAAUACAUAGCGCAUGCGGGGGGUGCAUCGAAACUGAUACUUGUCCGCGGUCCAAGACGCGUACGCACCAAUUUCGAGUACAAUCUUUUCCGCACUCAACGAGGCCGUAUUGUGCUCGAGGCGUUACUUCGAGGGGAGCAUUGCUUCUUGCUUACGGGAGGAUGGCAAGACAUCUGCCCGGAGAAAUGCAGAAGCGUGAGGUUCUCAAGUGUUGACUACCUCUUUGAGAGCAUCUGCAAAAUUCCCACUCUCGUGAAAUACGUUUUAGAUUGGAGAGCUGGCGUAUCUGAACUAGGUCUGGGCGAACUUACAGAUUAUGGGAGGAAGAUACAACAGGACCUGAGAGCAGCCUCGCCUCGGGGCUCCAUGUCUGUCAGUCUCGAGGAGGAUCUUGGAUUCGAAGAGCGCAAGUCGUCGGCAUUGGAUGACGAGUGCCCGCUGAGUGUUCACUUUCGCUCUCACGAGGGCGCCAUAUUCCAUUCGUGGCGGUGGAUGGCCUUGCUCAUUGCAGACCUCUGUCUGGUCAAUCUUGUGGCUGAUCCAAGACUGCGACUGAGAAUUGCUGAUACUGCGCAGCGAAUCUGCAUGUGCUAUGAAUAUGCAAGUCUAUCUAAACCACUUGGAGCCCAGUUCUUGCAGGUGCCAUUGAUCAUUGCGUACGCCGUCAGUGACCAAAAGCGCAAGGACUGGAUCACAGACAAGAUCAACCUAUUGAUGGGGGGACUUUAUGUCACAUAUACUGCACAGUACUUGGAUAGCUUGUCGACGAUGAUAUUGAAGGGUAUCAAAUAA